AUGUUAGAUGUCACGUGGCAACUUUUAAAUAAAACACGUGGUAAGAUCAACAUAACCAAAAUAACGAUACACAACAUAUCUUAAUUGUGUGUAAUAUGAAAUUAGGAAAUGAUUGUAAAAACUAAACUUUUGAAAAGUGCUUUACUUAUAAAGCUUAUUAAGAAAUUUGUUCAUUUUAUUUAAAAAGUUUGUCCUUCAACGUAGAAACAAAAAUGGGGAGAAAAAGGUACAAUUGGAAAGCAAGAAACGUCGCAGAAGUUGAAAUUGAUAACUCUGCGACCAAAAAGGUAUUUUCGUAUAAUAUUUUAUACGAGAAAAUGAAUAAAACACAUAAUGAUAUUCGUUUCUAAAUAUUUAGAUUCCUAUAGAUAUUAAACAUCGUGAAGAUAAGUAUGACAGUUGCAACGCGCUAGUUCUCCCGAACGAGAAAAGGAAAACAAGACGGAAAGUUGAGAAAAUUACUGUCACACGAUUGUUGUCGAAAAAACGUAGAAAACAAUUGGAAAAAGUUAUAGAGAAGAAAAAGAAGAAAUUAUGCAGAACUGAACUUUUGCAAGAAUUGGAGAAAGUCCAAGUGCCUCAAGAAGAAUUAAAACAGUAUGUAUCUUUAACCAGUGUACAAACUAAAGGAUUGAAACGUCAAUUUAGGGAAGAUAAAUUACCCACUAAAGAGUACAAAGUUAAUUUAGAUAAUCAAAAUGAAGAUGAUGCACUGGAAGUGUCCAUAAAUGCUAUUAAAGGUAGCAAGAAGAGAAGAUUGGCAAUUUUGGAAGAACAAAAAGUGAAGGAUGCUGUUUCAGAUCCAAAUGUCAUUGGAUUUGAUAAACUUAGUGAUAGCGAGUCAGAGUCGAAUCCCGAGAAUGAUGAAGCUGAAGAAGAAAAAACUGCAUCUUCAGAGGAAACCAAACAGACAGAAGAAAACGGAGAUAUUCCAAGUGAAGAAAAUAAUACAAGUACAAUGAAUACAGACAGUACAACGAAAAAUAUCAUGAAAGAAGAGGGAAAAUCAGUCGACAGCCAAGCUACUGCAAGUAAAGAGUCUUCAGAAACACAGCGGUCGAUAGAAAAGAAACCUGCCACGUUUGUGAUACUGGAAAGGAAGCCAGAUCUCCAAGCAGCUAGAUUGAAGCUGCCAGUGGUCGCGGAGGAACAAAUAAUAGUAGAAGCAAUUAACGAAAAUCCCGUCGUGAUAAUCACCGGCGAGACAGGGAGUGGUAAAACGACACAGGUGCCACAAUUCCUCUAUGAAGCUGGCUACGCCAAAGACAGAUUGAUCGGAAUAACAGAGCCUAGAAGAGUGGCAGCUAUAUCCAUGAGCAAACGCGUCGCCGAAGAAAUGAAUCUCACCGAAAGAGAAGUUUCUUAUUUAAUUCGUUUCGAGGGAAAUGUUACAUCAGAGACAAGAGUCAAGUUCAUGACCGACGGUGUACUAUUGAAAGAAAUACAAAGCGUACGUAAUCAUUACCGUAAAUUGAACCGGGCAUUUGAAAAUGACCGAGCAUUUGAAAAUAACCUCGAACUUGGAUCUGAAUUUUUAAUAUUUCAGGAUUUCUUACUGACGAAAUAUUCGGUGAUCAUCCUGGACGAGGCGCACGAACGUAGCGUGUACACUGAUAUUUUGAUUGGACUGCUGUCGCGAAUCGUACCACUCCGGAAUAAAAGAAAGGAUCCCCUGAAGCUCGUAAUUAUGUCAGCCACGCUGCGAGUGGAAGAAUUCGUGGAGAAUAAUAAAUUGUUUAAAACAAAACCGCCAGUGUUGACGGUGGAAUCGAGGCAGUUUCCUGUUACGAUACAUUUUAAUAAAAGAACGAGCGUCAAUUAUGUUUCUGACGCGUUAAAGAAGGCCAUAAAGAUACACACUCGCCUUCCUGAUGGCGGGAUACUAAUAUUUUUGACAGGACAACAGGAAGUAAACUUCAUCGUACGUAAAUUACGCAAAGCUUUUUCCACAAAAAAUAAAAAGGAAACUGCAAAUACGAAAGAAAGUUCACAGAAGACUGACGAUUCUUUAAAGGAAACGGAAGAUGCCGAAAACAAAAAUGAUAAUAGUAACGAGAGUGAUAACAACGAUGAUGAUGAUGACGAUGAUUUUCGUUGUAAGGAAGCCAUCCGUUACAACAAACUACGACAAAAGAAGAAAAUUCAAUUGCCAGACAUUAAUUUGGACGAUUAUUCUGUAAUUCCUGCCGAUGACACUUACGAAGACUUAAUUGGAGCGGAAGAUGACGAAGAAGUACAAUUAGACGAGGAUGAGGAUGAAGAUGAUGACGUGGUUGAUUUAAAAGCUUGCGCGAAUGCACAACCAAUGUGGGUUUUGCCAUUAUAUUCUCUGCUUCCGAGUCACAAACAAGCAAAGGUAUUUGAGCCACCUCCAGAGGGACACCGUUUGUGUGUAGUAGCCACAAACGUAGCAGAAACUUCUUUAACUAUACCUAACAUAAAAUAUGUAGUAGAUUGUGGACGUUGCAAAACGAGAAUGUACGAUAAAGUAACUGGAGUGAGUACGUAUAAAAUUUGCUAUACCAGCAAGGCAUCAGCUAAUCAACGAGCGGGGAGGGCUGGUAGAACUGGUCCUGGCCAUUCUUACAGAUUAUACUCCUCGGCAGUGUUCAAUAAUCAAUUCGAACAAUUUAGCCAAUCAGAGAUUCAAAGGAAACCUGUGGACGAUUUACUGCUACAAAUGAAAGUCAUGAAUAUCGAUAAAGUUGUCAAUUUUCCAUUCCCAACUCCACCAGACACUGUACAAUUACAAAUGGCUGAGAAAAGACUAAUAAUACUUGGAGCUUUGCAGCAGUUUCGUUCUGACAAAGAAAGUUCCUACAACGCCAAAGUGACGCCACUUGGUCGUAGCAUUGCCGCAUUUCCAGUAGCUCCUCGUUAUGGGAAAAUGUUGGCUCUCUCUCAUCAACAUAAUCUUCUUGAGUACACGGUCUGCAUGGUGGCUGCGCUUUCUGUUCAAGAAGUAUUAAUGGAAGCAUUCGAGAUGGACGGCAAUUCUCGAAAUAAAUGGCUGCAAAUGAGGCGUUUUUGGGCUGGCACUGGAAAUAAUUUACUUCUUGGUGAUCCAAUGGUCUUAAUCAGGGCUGUAGGAGGUGCAGAAUAUGCCGGAAUUAAAGGAAAAUUGCUUCGUUUCUGCGAAGAACAUGGUUUGCGACAUAAGGCAAUCGUAGAGAUUCGAAAGCUUCGGCAACAGUUAACGAAUGAAAUUAAUUUGAAUAUCCAAAAUCUGAAUCUCGUUAUUAAUCCACAAAUAAAACCCCCAAUUGACACGGAAGCCAAAUUGCUCAGACAAAUAGUUCUUGCCGGAAUGGCUGACCAAGUUGCAAGAAAAGUGAUGCCAGAUGAAGUCAAUGAAGACCAAGAUAAGGCUAAAUGGAAAUAUGCUUACAAAACAAUGGAUAUGGAAGAUCCAGUAUUCAUGCAUUCCUCGUGCGUUCUUCGAAAAACCUGUCCCGAAUGGGUAGUUUAUCAGGAAAUAUAUGAAACGAAUAAAAUGUAUAUGCGCGGUGUCACUGCUAUAGAACCUGAAUGGCUGCCUAAAUUUGCUCCAUCUCUUUGCCAUCUUGGAGAACCCUUGACUGAUCCACCACCAAGAUAUGAUCCAGAAACUGGAAAAGUAAUGUGUAGUAUGGCAGGAACAUUUGGAAGAGCAGGUUGGAAGUUGCCAGUAAUGGAUGUAGAGUAUCCACUGUCUGUAGAUGGGGUCAGAUGGUUCGCCUGUUUCUUUUUAGAAGGGAAAGUGUGUCCAAAAUUGAAGCAAUUUGUUUCUUCGUUGUUAUCAACCCCCCAAAGUGUUAACAAGACGUGGGCUAAGUAAGAUUUCAAUACAUAAAAUUGCUCAACAUUAAAUCAAUAAUGAACACACAUCAAAUGAUGAUCAUUUUAGAUUAAUACCGCGAACACAACAAAUGACGCAAUUAUUACUGUCUCGCGGGAUUAUGUCAAAAGAAAAAUUGUUAGAAACCUGGAAGGAAGAUAAAAGUUGUUAGUACAUGUUUUGUAGCGUGUAACAUAUAUAUAUAUACACAUAGGUUCCGAGUAAAAACUAAAAAUGAUUAUUAUUAAUUUCAGUUCUUCUGUCUGCUUAUCAAAAAUGGUUACCAGAAUCAGCUCAUGGACACGUUACAGUCCUUUGGCCACCUGUGUGA